UUGUAGCCUCGCUGCUCUUGAGGCGGAUAAUUAGCCCAAGAAACACUAUAUUCAUUUUUCUGGAUAUGCCGCAGAAGGAUCCGUGCCAGAAACAAGCCUGUGAAAUACAGAAAUGUUUACAAGCCAACAACUACAUGGAAUCUAAGUGUCAGGCUGUCAUCCAAGAACUGCGUAAGUGUUGUGCUCGAUAUCCCAAGGGAAGAUCUCUCGUCUGUUCAGGAUUUGAGAAAGAAGAAGAAGAAAAGCUGACGCUGAAGCCCACAUGACAGUAAAGUUCUGCUGACAAGCAAACUGCUGCCCCACAUUUCCACCACGCGGGUUUUAUCUAUCCUCCUGACUCUUUCUUCAGGCCAGGUAGCAGCAAAUAUCAAAUGAAAAAGUCAACUAUAAAAGUUAAUAUGCCAUCUAUGCAGAACAAAUAUAAAUAUAUUAAACAAAUAAGUAGAAUGUGAUAAAACUGA